AUGUCAUCAUCAUUCCGAAAGAUAUUUGUUGCUCUUUUCUUACUCUGCUCUCAUAUUGUUUGUACUUCUACAGCCGCUAGUUCAAAUUUAUUACCAGCACCUUUGGAUUCAUUUAAAAAUCAAUUUCAAAAUGCCUUGAAAUCGCUGACCGAUAUUUCGACAAUUCAUUAUACAUUAGGUGGCAUGAAAGAACUUGGUGUACAACCAGCUGAAAAUCUAUGUGCUGAUAUUAAGAAGAACGUUGAUAGUUCAAAUAUUGAAUCAGUCUACCAUGCAACUGAAGCAGCAAAAACACUGAAUAAUUGUCAAUUGCCUGUUAAUGAAUUUGGUUCAAUAAUCAAAACAACAUUACAGGGAGAUAAAACAACGUUGGCUGAACUGUUUUAUGCCGUAACUUCUAGCCGAAAUUUACAGAUACCAGUUGAUGAAGAUCAAGUAGAAAAACGGUUAAAAACGCUUUCAAAGUCCGACGAUAGCAUACUUGGUCAAGCUUAUGUGCUCAUGAUUGCCAGUCAAUUAAAUACAGCAGUAGCUAAAUUUUACAGUGAUUCAAUUCACGAUAUGGUUCAACAGGCUGAUGAGGUUGAUGGAAAAGCCUUACAAUAUGAAGGUGGUAUUGGAACAACAGCAAUGAUAUUCAAUGCCAUGUAUCAAUUGGCAGAUAAAGCUGCUGUGCCAUUAAAAAUUGAUGCACAACAUUUAUCUAAAUUUGCUUAUUACUUCUCUACAAAACGUCAUGUGGCUACAAUUCGAAGUGCUUACUAUCUAAUUAAAGCGUACAAAUUAUUAUCAGAUCCCAAACAUGCCGUACCUGUUGUUGUAUCACGAGUUAGUCCUGCAUCGAUUACUCCAGAAAGUCCAUCAGUAUUAGUAUCAAUAACAGAUUUAAUGGGCCAUCCUGUGGGUGAAAUAUCUGUAGUUGCCGAAUCAGCUAAACGAAAGGAAGACGGUGUAGUUGUUGUAUCAAAACAGAAAUUAACACCAAAAGCGAGCGAUUUCUCAGUCUAUGAAUUACCAUUUUAUGACACAAAAAUUCCUCGUGGCUUCUAUACAAUUCAUUUGACAUUGAAUCAUGUUAAAAGUGAGACAAAAUUAAUUGGUUUAAGUGAUAACACGAUUGAAGUUAAAGUAACAUCGGAAGUAACAAUUGAAAAUGCUGAAGUGAAUUUGGCCGAUCGUGAUCAUAGUGCACAAGUGAAAACACAUAAACUUUCGUAUCCUACCACAUUGACAGACAAAAUGGAUAUAGAUUAUCAUCAAAAAUUAAUUGUUAAAUUUCAAAUUAAAGAUAAAAAAACAAAUGAAUAUAUUCGUGCACAACAGUGUUUCUUACGUUUUACAAAUAAACAAUCACAAAAAGAAAUUAUUUAUUUAGCUGAAGCUGGAACUAAUUCACAAUACAAAGUUGAAGUGGAUUUGACAACCAAUUCAAAUGAUUUUCGUCAUCAAUCUGGUUUAUAUGAAAUCGUAUUAAUUAUUGGUGAUGCAUUACUUCAAAAUUCAUUUUCAUGGAAAAUAAUUGAUGCAAAUUUGGGAUUUCAUGAAGAUGCUGUCAGUGAAACGCGACAUACACUAUCUUAUACACCAAAACCAGAAAUUCGACACAUGUUUAGAGCGGAUGAAAAACGUCCACCAACAGUUGUCUCAUUAAUAUUUAGUGGUUUAACACUUUUACCACUUCUUAUUCUAUUAGGAUUGUGGAUCAAACUCGGUUUUAAUCUUUCAGGAAUGCCAUUUGGUCUAAGUCCAUUAGGCUUCCACGUUUCUCAUGCAGCUGUCUUUGCCUUAAUGUUUUUGUAUUGGAAAUAUUUGAAUAUGUUUCAAACCGUUCGUUAUUUGGCGAUCGUAUCGGUACCAUUAUUUCUCUUUGGACAUCGAGUUUUAGCAACGUUGGCUGCUAGACGUUCGUUAAUCAUCGAUAUUCCUGCUGUUAAAUCAAUAUCAAAUCCUAAAUCAACACAUCGAGAAUUUAUUUGA